AUGCUAGUCAAAGACACCAUCGUAAAGGCCGUGGCGGAUGCGCUGGAACGCGCCCAUCGGGACGGCGUGCUGAAUGUCGACACCGUCCCGUUGAUUGAAGUUGAGCGCCCCAACAAUCCUGACCACGGCGAUUUCGCGACCAACCUGCCGCUACGCCUGGCGCGGGCCGCCCGCUCCAAUCCGUUGCAGUUGGCCGAGGCUAUCGCCGCGCGAGUGGAAACCGGGCCGGAGAUUGCCAGCGUGGCGUCGGCGCCGCCCGGGUUCAUCAAUUUCAGGCUCAGCGAUCGCUGGUUGCAGGAGCAGGUUGAGGUGGUGCGCAGUGCCGGAGACGCGUUCGGCGCGGCGCAGAUUGGCCAGGGCCGCAAGGUGAUGGUCGAGUUUGUCAGCGUCAACCCGACUGGGCCGGUGCAUGUGGGGCACACCCGCGGCGCCGUGCUGGGCAGCGCGUUGGCGAACGCCCUGGCAGCGGUUGGGUACGACGUUACCCGCGAGUAUUACGUCAACGAUGCCGGCUCGCAGAUGGAGGCGUUUUACCGGUCGGUGUGGGUGCGCUAUCAGCAAGCCCUGGGUCGGGAAGCCGAGUUGCCGGACAAUGGCUAUCAGGGCGACUACAUCGCCGACAUCGCGGCUGACAUAAUCCAGUCCGAGGGAGAUCGCUACCUGGAAUUGAACGACGCGGCCGCGAUUCGCGGCAUAGGCGACGUGGCCCGGGAGCAGAUGAUAUCCGUAAUCAGCGAGGACCUGAGCGCUAUCGGUGUCGACUUUGACAACUGGUUCAGCGAACGCCAGCUGUUUCAGGACGAGGACUACGACCGGGCGAUGGAGCGGUUGCGCGAGGGCGGCCACCUGGCCGAGCGCAGCGGGGCGCUCUGGUUUAACUCGAUCGCGCUGGGCGAUGAUCGGGAUAACGUGGUGGUGCGCUCAUCCGGCGAACCUACUUAUUUUGCGUCCGAUAUUGCGUACCAUUUCAACAAAUUCGAUCGCCGUGGCUUCGAGCGGGUGAUCGAUAUUUGGGGCGCAGACCACCAGGGUCAUGUGCCACGGAUGAAGGCGGCGGUUACCGCUCUGGGCAUGGAACCGGAAAACCUGACCGUGCUCAUCUCCCAGAUGGUUACGCUGAAGCGCGGCGACGAGACCGUGCGCGCGUCGAAACGCACCGGGGAUUUCAUUACGCUGCGGGAGCUGGUGGACGAAGUGGGCGUGGAUGCCUGCCGUUAUUUCUUCCUGGCCAGGUCGCCCUCCACUCAGAUGGAAUUCGACAUGGAACUGGCGACCCGGGAGUCGUCGGAGAACCCGGUUUACUACGUGCAGUACGCUCACGCCCGCAACGCCAGCAUCCUGAAGCUGGCCGCCGAGCGCAACAUCGACUAUAGCAACGGUGAUGUAACCUUGCUGGACAGUGCGUACGAAUUGAGCCUGAUACGCACCAUGCUGCGGUUGCCGGAGCUGAUCGUACAGGUGGCGGAGAACCUGGAGCCGCACCACCUGCCCCACUACGCGAUGGAGCUGGCCACUGCGUUCCACCAUUUUUACGAGAACUGCCGGGUAGUGUCGGCGGACGCUGCGGACAAUGACAUCACGCUGGCGCGCCUGAAGCUGGUGUCGGCAGCUCAGGUGGCCUUCCGUCGUACUCUGACGCUGAUGGGUAUGUCGGCGCCGGACCGCAUGGAACGCAUCUGA